AUGAGAAAGUCACGAGAUUCUUCGACACCUCGUAAAGAUACAGAGGAUGUAUUGGUGGUGAAAAAAUCGAAAGAUUCCUCACGGGAUUAUAAUCGACACUAUGAGACGGCGGCGGCUGAUCGUCAUCAUCACUCAUCGUCGUCGUCGUCACCAACAGCAUCGUCAUCGUCUUCUCAUUCUUAUCAUCAAUCAAAGAGUUCGAGUAAUUUUAAUCAUUAUAAAUCACCGUCAUCCUAUUACAAUCAAUCAUCACAACAUAAUAUUACUACUUCCAGUAGUAAUAAUAGUAAUAAUAAUCCUCGUUAUGAUCGUAAACAUCAUCAUUAUCCUCAUCAACAUCAGCAUCAACAACAUUCCUAUCGACAUCAACAUCAUCCGUCACAUCAAUUGAAAGACAGUAAUAAUAAUUCAUCGCAUCGACGUGAUGACUACAAUUCGCGAUAUCGUGAUACGCCACCGUCAUCAGCAUCGCUGCAUAGAUCACGAGAUCAUGAUGAUAAGAAUAGUUCAGCAUAUCCAUCUUCUUCGCCUUCUUCUUCUUCAAGGCAUCAUAAUCAUCAUCAUAAUGAAAGGUCGAGUUCAUCGCAUUCAUCUCAUCGACAUCAAGACAGCAUUUAUUCUACUACAAGUAAUCGUGAUUCUUCUUCCUAG